AUGGCGCCAGUGUAUGCCAGCGGCGGUCAAUACGUCACGGUGGGCCAGGGUGUUGGCGGCCAAGUGAGUGGCGGCGGUGGUGGAAUAGGUAGCUGGCUCUUUAGCCUUUUCUAUCAGAGGUAUGCUGACAGCCAUACUGAAGCAAUCACUUACACCGGACCAGGACAAGGCAACAUCGAAAGUCGCCUUGUUGAGGUUGGGGCAGGUCAGGGCAGCUACAUGGCGAAGAGGACGCCAACCUACAGCUACAGGCCACGCUAUUGCGUGAUCUGCUGCUGCGGCUUCUUUGGUCUUCUGCUGAUCCUAAUCCCCUUGCUCAUGCUUUGUGAGGUGCAAAGGUUUUUUGGGUUAACAGACACGUGCGGGAGCUACAACGAUGUGUGCGAAAACAACUGUGCGCUGCUGGCAGAUGCGUACAAUAUGAAGCCUUACUGCUGUGCAAGUUGCCCUUUCCAAGUCCAAAACAAUGGCUUACAAUGCGAGGCUCCCCACAGCCCGCCUGAAAUCCAUACGGUGGUGCGCCGCCACUACAACACCAUCUACAGGAAGGUUCCUGUCAACCACUACGUAAAGGUCCAGAUGCCCCAGCAACCACCUCUCGUCCACACAGUGAAAGUGGUGACCCCACCGAAAGAGUACGACUGCGAGGGGAUGGACGGACAUCCCAAUCCCGUUUGGUCGGGUGCACAUACGCGCUGGUGCUGUUACAAGUACAAGGAGUACUGCCCGCAUACCGUCGUGGACAAAGACUACUACCACACUGUCACCAAAGUUCAGCAUAUCAAAGUCCCAGUGCCAGAACCAAUGCCAACUCAUGCUCCGAUCGUGCACACCAUCCACCACCGCUACCAUGUGCCGAGCCCACCAAAGUAUGUGAAAGUUCAUGUGCCCGGUCCCACCGUGGUGAAAUCAGUCGUCGUGCAUGACCGGGUGCCAGUGCCCGUGAAGGAGCCACCGCAGGUGAUCAACGUCAAGAAACCAUACACCGUGCAUGUCAAGGGUCGUGAUCACUAUGUGAAAGUGCCUGUGCCAUCUCCACCACAUGUGGUGACACAUUACCACACCCACUGGAAUACCGUUAUUGAUCACAGCUACGACUGCCAGAAUGGUCUCAGCGCGCUUGGUGCUGUUCGCACCACAACUCUGGCUGUUCGCACCACAACUCUGGACAUUGGUCGCACGAGUCGCACCACAACUCUGGACAUUGGGUGA